AUGCUCCCGUCUAUUGCCAGAAGAAUGUCCAGAUACGAUACCAUCAUCCUCGGCGCGGGCUGGGCUGGCGCUACUGCUGCAAAGUCGCUCGCUGCCAAGGGCCACUCGGUCCUCGUCCUCGAAGCCCGUGACAGAAUCGGCGGUCGCGCAAGCACAUGGCAGGGCGGAGGCGCAAAGAUCGAUGUCGGCUGCAGCUGGAUCCAUGGCUACAAUGAAGGAUCUCCUGCAAGGGACCUGGCACAGGAGGUGGGUGUAGAAGCUAUCCUGCCCAAAGAAGCGCAGGGUGUCAUCUAUGGACCCAACGGUCUCCUCUCUGCUGCCGAGGCUGGAUCUCUCCAGAAGAACCUUGGUGCGAGCGUAGCAGCAGCCAGACUCCCUCACCCUUCUCCCCCUUCUUCCCAGUCCCUCGCCUCGGCCCUCCUUGCCUCCGACUCUGCGCUCUUCAGCAUCUCAUCCGACAAGGCGCUCGCCAUCUCUCUCGCCCGUUCGCUCGAAGUAGGUCUGGGCGUCAAGCUCGAGCAGGCGUCGCUCAAGUGGGCUGGAUGGGAGUCGACCACGGCUUAUGCCGGGUCUGAUGCUGCUCCUCAAGGAGGGUACCAGGCUUUCCUCGGCAAGGUGCUCGAGGCGAGCAAGGCAGAGGUCAUCCUCGGUGCCGCUGCGACGUCGGUCAAGGAGGUCGAUGCUGGUGUCGAAGUGACUACGAAGGAUGGCAAGACAUACACUGCAUCUACCGUGCUCAGCACUAUCCCCUUGGGUGUACUCAAGACCCUGCCUGGCGACUUUUUCUCCCCAGCUCUGCCUGCUCACCUGCAGGAGACUAUCAAGGGCACCCACGUCGGCGUCCUCGAGAAGCUGCUCGUGCAAUACCCCACAGCCUGGUGGCCCGACGCGGAAAACACGGGGUCAUACACCUUCCUUCCCACUGGCCCCGAGCCGACUGCGUCUUCCACGCUCAAAGAGGUGUUUGCCGGGUCAACCUUGGUGACUGCAAACUUUGCUGCUCCUACACUUCCCAAGCCUACUCCGACCCUGCUGACAUACCUGUCCGAGACACCCGCGAGGCUGUUGCUCCAGCACCCCGCCGAGGAGGUAGCUGCCGCUUUCCACUCCUUCCUCACGACCCGCUUCAACGCCUCCUCCCCGCCUGCUCCUUCCAACUUUACCCUCACCUCCUGGCUCACCGAUCCUCUCUCUCGAGGUGCCACUACCACCCCGUCCAUCGUGUCACCGAAUGAUGAGCGCAGUCCGAUGGAUUUCAAAGAGCUCGGCAGGCCUGUCUGGGGAGGCAGACUGGGCUUUGCGGGAGAGCAUACCGAGAUGGAGAAUCGAGGGAGUGUGGCGGGUGCUGUACUGAGUGGGAUCCGAGAGGGUGAGAGGGUUAGCAAGUUUUUGAAGAGGGCGUAA